CCCAGCCUUGCCUCGGGUGUAGGGAUUGCAUAGGAAAAAGAGCAAAACUACACAGCUACACUGUGUGGUUUUGUUUUUUUGGGUUUCUUUGAGGCUAAACUGUUCUCACAUUGGAUUUUCUGACAUUUCUGGAUAAGGAGAUUGUUUCUGAAGAAAUACAACUUCUGGGCUUCGCCCCAUCAAAUCUAGGCACUCUUGUGGAUACAAGGUGCCGUCCACAAUGUCUACACAGGCGCCAACAUUUACACAGCCUCUGCAAAGCGUUGUGGCACUAGAGGGUAGUGCUGCAACGUUUGAAGCACAAGUUAGUGGUUCUCCAGUUCCUGAGGUGAGCUGGUUCCGUGAUGGCCAGGUUCUUUCCGCUGCCGCUCUGCCCGGCGCACAGAUCUCGUUCAGCGAUGGCCGCGCUGUUCUGAUGAUCCCUGCUGUGACAGCCGCACACAGUGGAAGAUUUUCUGUCAGAGCCACCAAUGGUGCUGGACAAGCCACUAGCACCGCUGAACUUCUUGUUACAGUGGAGACUGCGCCGCCCAACUUUAUUCAGAGACUUCAGAGUUUGACCGUGAGACAAAGAAGCCAAGUGAGACUGGAUGUUCGUGUGACAGGAAUCCCUACACCUGUGGUAAAGUUCUACAGAGAGGGAGCCGAGAUACAGAGCUCCGCUGACUUUCAGAUUGUUCAAGAAGGAGACCUUUACAGUUUGUUGAUUGCCGAAGCCUUCCCAGAGGAUUCUGGAACUUACUCUGUAAAUGCUUCAAACAGCAGCGGACGGGCUACCUCCACUGCUGAACUGCUGGUUCAAGGUGAAGAAGCUGUGCCUGCCAAGAAGACUAAAACCGUCAUUUCAUCUUCCUCUCAGAGGUCCUCCUCUCAGAGUCGCCAGACCAGAGUUGAGACAAGGAGUAUGGAGGCUCAUUUUGAAUCCUCAUCCAUGCAAAUGCAUGUUGAAGGUGGUGGAGUGAGCCAUCUAGCACACAAGACCCCACCACGUGUGCCCCCUAAGCCAACCUCAACCUCCAAAUCCCCAACACCAUCAUCUCUUGCAGCCAGAGUUGCAGGGGGACGUCAUCAGUCACCAUCACCUGUGAGGCAUGUCAAGGCGCCCACUCCGGCCCCUGUUAGGUCAGUAUCCCCCACUUCUAGACUGUCUGUGUCCCCAAUCAGACCAGUCAAAUCUCCACUGACCACACGCAAACAGGUAGCCCAUGGUCCUGAUGUCCUCCCACCAUGGAAGCAGGGAGACUUUGUUGAAGGGUCCAGCAGCUAUUCCAGCAGCAUGACUUCCAGUGCCACCCAUGCCCAGGCCUCCAUGUCUGCCACCCAUGCCCAGGCCUCCAUGUCUGCCACCCAUGCCCAGGCCUCCAUGUCUGCCACCCAGGCCCAGGCCUCCAUGUCUGCCACCCAGGCCCAGGCCUCCAUGUCUGCCACCCAGGUUCACAUGGAGCAGCGCUGGGAGGGCUCUUAUGGAUUGCAAACGGCUGGGUCCGCUGUAUCUGGUGUUGCUGUGAGAGAGGAGGUGCAGCAUGAGGUGGACGAUAAAAGCAUUGCUGUAGCUACUGUGGUAGCAGCUGUGGACCAGGCUCGCAGCCGCAAGUCUGCUGGUUUUACACCAGAGCCGGUGCCGGUGGUGACAGCCAGUGCAGAGACACAGAGCACCUCUAGCACCUCUACUGCUGUGUUAAUGUCCACAACAAGGGAACAGGUUGAGGGUGGGAAAAAAGCAGAGGCAAAGGCUACAGUGGUUGCUGCUGUCGACCUAGCACGUGUUCGGAAGCCUUUGCAUGCUGAGGGGGGUCAUGCUGAAGAGGAAACCAUACAAUCUGAUUUAAAACAGCAGAUGAUGAUGGCUACCACUGAGCAACAAGUCACAGUGAAAACUGAGGCUGCAACUGUGCCAAUGGUGCAAAUACCAAUAAUACCACCACCAUCAAUUCAAACAACAUCUGAUGAGCAGAGUAUUCAUGUUUCCCAGAUACAAAGAAGUAGAGAAACUACUACCGCCCACAUGGAAACUGCCCUCGCACCAUCCCCAAUUCCACAUUUCACAGUUUCAAAAGUUACUGUUCCUAAACCUGACCAUAGCUAUGAGGUUUCGAUAGCAGGUUCUGCUAUUGCCACACUGCAGAAAGAGUUAUCCUCUACCUCUGCACAUGCUGCUCAAAAGAUCAUCAAGCCAGUCAAGCCUCCAUCUCCUAGUCUCCACCGUAAGGUUGUGGACGUGAUGCCAGCGCCAACCAAGUCUCCGUUUAAGGAUCUCUCCGAGAGAUAUAAGACUCAUUUCGACACUCAGUUACAGACUCAGAUAGGCGCUACGUUUACAGGGGAAACGGAGCAAAUGUAUAAGGAUUUGGAAACAAAGAUCGUUGAGACUGCAGCAGUCCCAGCCCCUGCAGAAGAGCCAGUUGUGCCACCUACUCUUGUAGCUGGCUUAAAGAACCUGACUGUGACUGAGGGUGAGUCUGUGACUCUAGAAUGCCAGAUCUCUGGUCAACCUGCCCCUGGCAUCAUGUGGUUCAGGGAGGACUACAGAAUUGAAAGCUCCAUUGACUUCCAGAUCACUUAUGAGAGUAAAUGUGCCCGUCUGGUCAUCCGCGAGGCUUUCGCAGAAGACAGCGGUCGCUUCACUUGCACUGCUACUAGCAAUGCUGGAACUAUCAGCACAUCCUGCUACCUGCUUGUCAAAGUAACCGAGGAGAUUGAGACCCGGGAAGAGAUGACACAACAAGGCACUGUCACUGUAUUUGACCUUACUACUCAAGAGAAACUUUUUACUACUGAAGCAAAGGAGGAGACCAUGUCGGAGGUGAGCUCUGCCAUUGCCACCGCAGGUUCACCAGUGGAUACUGCAGAUGCCGUCGCUCCCUUCUUUGUCAAGAGUCCAACUGUACAGAAGUUGGUGGAGGGCGGACGUGUUGUCUUUGAGUGCCAGAUCGGAGGCAGCCCCAAGCCACACAUGUUCUGGAAGAAGAGUGGAGUGCCCCUUACUACAGGAUACAGAUAUAAAGUCCACUACGAUAAGGAGAGUGGAGUGUGUAAAUUGGAGAUCUCCAUGACAUUUGCUGAUGAUGCUGGAGAGUACUCCGUCUUUGCCAGGAACCCGCUUGGAGAAGCCUCUGCCUCAGCUGGACUGCUGGAGGAAGGGGAAUAUGAAGAAUACAUGAAGAAACAUGAAAUGACAUAUAAGAGUGAAGUAAUUACAACGGUGCAGAUGGAUGUACCCCCUGUUGUUGUGAGCGAAUAUGACGACGACCAGAUGUAUAGGCAGAGGAGAAUGACACAGCAAGCACAAACGCAAAGCUUUGUUUCAACACAGGAACUCCAGAUUUCUUCCUUUGAGGAGAGGAUUAUCCACGAGAUUGAGAUCCGCAUCCUGCAAAUUACCUACCAACAGAUUGUGACUGAGGAUCGGGAAGAGAUGGUGACUUGUGCAGAUCGUGAGGCUUUACAGUCAGCCUUUGCAACUCCAGUUAAAAACUACAGGAUCAUAGAAGGAAUGGGUGUUACUUUCCACUGCAAAAUGGCAGGAACUCCACUGCCCAAGAUUGCGUGGUACAAAGAUGGAAAGCGUAUCCAUCAUGGUGGCCGUUACCAGAUGGAGAGUCUUCAUGAUGGUCGAGCCAGCCUGCGUCUUCCUGUGGUGCUGCCAGAGGAUGAGGGUGUUUACACAGCAUUAGCCAGCAACAUGAAGGGCAACUCUGUGAGCUCAGGGAAACUGUAUGUGGAGCCCACUGCCAUUGCAGGAGCUCAGCGUUACACGCCUGAACCUCAGGCAAUGCAGAGAAUUAGGUCCCAGUCCCCAAGAUCUCUGAGUCGCUCUCCCGGACGCUCUACUAGUCGCUCUCCUGCCCGCUCUCCUGGUCGCAGGCUUGAUGACACUGAUGAGAGUCAGCUGGAGAGACUGUACAAGCCUGUGUUUGUCUUGAAGCCACAGUCAUUCAAGUGCGCUGAAGGGCAGACUGCCAGAUUUGACCUGAAAGUAGUUGGUAGACCCAUGCCUGACACUUUCUGGUUCCACAAUGGGCAACAAGUUGUCAAUGAUUACACCCACAAGAUAGUGGUGAAGGAAGAUGGAACUCAGUCACUGAUUGUGGUUCCAGCCAUGCCCCAUGACUCUGGAGAAUGGACGGUCGUUGCUCAAAACAGAGCUGGGAAAAGCUCUGUGUCCAUGACACUUACAGUUGAUGCCAAAGAAAAUUUGAUCAGACCCCAGUUUAUUGAGAAGCUGAGGAAUGUCAGUGUCAAGAAAGGCACUCUGGUUGAGUUGGCGGUCAAAGCCAUCGGAAACCCCCUGCCUGACAUUGUAUGGCUGAAAAACAGCGACAUCAUCUCCCCACAGAAGCACCCAAAUAUCAAGAUCGAGGGCAUCAAGGGAGAAGCCAAAUUCCACAUCCCACAGUCAGUGAGCUCUGAUAGUGCCUGGUACACAGCCACAGCCAUUAACAAAGCUGGAAGAGAUACCACUCGCUGCAGGGUCAACAUUGAGGUAGAUGCUGCUGAACCUGCGCCAGAGAGGAGACUCAUUAUCACCAAAGGAACCUACAAGGCCAAGGACAUAGCAGCUCCAGAGUUGGAACCCUUGCAUCUCCGUUAUGGUCAAGAGCAGUGGGAGGAGGAUGACCUAUAUGACAAGGACAAGCAGCAGAAACCACAGUUCAAGAAGAAACUGACUUCUGUCAGGUUGAAGCGUUUUGGCCCAGUCCAUUUUGAAUGCAGACUGACCCCAAUUGGUGAUCCCACUAUGGUGGUUGAGUGGUUGCAUGAUGGCAAACCCCUGGCAGCUGCUAACAGAUUGCGCAUGGUUAAUGAAUUUGGCUACUGUAGUCUUGACUUUGAAGUUGCCUAUGCCAGAGAUAGUGGUGUCAUCACCUGCAGAGCCACUAACAAGUUUGGAGUUGAUCAGACCUCAGCUACACUGAUUGUAAAGGAUGAGAAGAGCCUUGUUGAGGAGACACAGUUACCUGAGGGCAGGAGGGAAAUACACAGAAUUGAUGAGAUGGAGCGCAUGGCUCACGAGGGAGGGCCUUCUGGAGUCACUGGGGAUGAGUAUUCAGAGAAGUCAAAGCCUGAAAUUGUCCUUCUUCCUGAACCAGCAAGAGUGCUGGAAGGUGACAUUGCAAGAUUCCGUUGCAGAGUUAUUGGCUAUCCUACGCCUAAGGUUAACUGGUACCUCAACGGACAGCUCAUUCGCAAGAGCAAGAGAAUGAGGCUUCGCUAUGAUGGCAUUUACUAUCUUGAGAUUAUAGAUAUCAAGUCAUACGAUGCAGGAGAUGUGAAAGUGGUAGCAGAGAACCCAGAGGGCACAGCUGAGCAUCUGGUGAAGCUCGAGAUCACACAGAGAGAGGACUUCAGAUCCAUCCUCCGUCGCGUCCCUGAACCAAAGGCACAUGACACUACUGAACAUGGGAGAGUUAGCUUUGAAGUUGUGAAGGUUGACAGACCAGCUGAUGCUCAGCCAAAGGAAGUUGUCAAACUGAGGAAGACUGAAAGAGUCAUCCAUGAGAAGUCCACAGAGGAGACAGAUGAGUUGAAGAGCAAAUUUAAGCGCAGGACAGAGGAAGGUUAUUAUGAAGCCAUCACUGCUGUGGAGCUCAAGUCCAAAAGGAAGGAUGAGUCCUAUGAGGAUAUGCUUAGGAAGAGGAAGGAAGAACUGCUUCAUCACAUGAAAGAGUUGACUGAGGCUGAGAAGAAGAAAGAGAUGGAGGAGGGUCAACUCACCAUACCCACAAUCAAACCAGAGAGAAUACAGCUCUCUCCCAGCAUGGAAGCUCCAAAGAUCUUGGAACGCAUUGCUAGCCAGACCGUGUCUCAGACCGAGGAAGUUCGCUUCAGAGUCAGAGUUGUUGGCAAACCAGAACCUGAGUGCCAGUGGUUCAAGAAUGGAAUUCUGCUGGAGAAGACCGAUCGAAUUUACUGGUAUUGGCCUGAAGACCACGUGUGUGAAUUAGUGGUCAGAGAUGUCACAGCAGAAGACUCUGCUAGCAUCAUGGUCAAAGCCAUGAACAUUGCUGGAGAGACAUCAAGCCAUGCAUUCCUGCUGGUACAAGCCAUUACAGUUAAUAGCUUUACUCAACAACUAGAGGAUGUGGAAGCGAAAGAGAAGGACACCAUGGCGACCUUUGAGUGUGAAACAAAUGAGCCUUUCGUUAAAGUCAAAUGGAUGAAGAACAAUUCUGAGAUUUUCUCUGGAGACAAAUACAGGAUGCACUCAGACAGAAAGGUUCAUUUCCUUUCUGUACUGAUCAUCAACAUGAAGGACGAUGCAGACUACAGUUGUGUUGUUGUUGAAGAUGACCACAUCAGGACCACUGCCAGACUCAAUGUGGAAGGUGCUUCACUGUCAAUUGUGAAGAGGCUGGAGAACAUUGAAGUGCCUGAGACCUACUCUGGGGAGUUUGAGGUUGAAUUAUCUCGAGAAGAUGCUGAAGGUACAUGGUAUUUCAAUGACAAGGAAAUCACUCCCAGCAGCAAAUAUGUUACCUCCUCCCGCCGUGGACGCCAUACCUUGUCUGUCAAAGACAUCAAGAAAGAAGAUCAGGGAAAAUAUACUUUCAAAAUUGCUGAUAUGCAGACCAGUGCCUCCCUGAAGAUGAAACUGCGCCCUGUGACACUGAUGCAACCCCUCACUGACCUGACAAUCUGCGAGGGUGACAUCGCUCAAUUAGAAGUGCGAUUCUCUCAGGAAAACGUUGAGGGAACAUGGAUGAAGAAUGGCCAAGCAAUCUCCGCCACAGAUCGCAUCCACAUCGUUAUCGACAAACAGGUCCACAAGCUGCUUGUUGAAAACGUGAGCAGAGACGAUGCUGCAACAUACUCCUUUGUUGUCCCAGCUCAGGAUAUCUCCACCUCUGGGAAGUUGAACAUUCAAACGAUUGAUAUUUUGAGCCCACUCACUGAUAUUACCGCAGUUGAGGGCACCAAGGCUGUUAUGGAGGCUAAAAUCUCUGCUGCUGAUGUUACCUCUGUGAAAUGGUACCACAAUGACAAACUUGUGAUGCCCAGUGAGAGAAUCCAGAUGCUUGCAAAGGGAUCCAAACAGCGCCUGGUAUUCCACAGGACCUUUGCCUCUGAUGAAGGAACCUACAAGCUAUGUGUUGGCAAAGCUGACUCUAGCUGUAAAAUGACUAUUGAAAAAAUUCACAUCACCAAGCAUAUGGAGGAUCAAGUUUGCACAGAGACCCAGAAUAUAACAUUUAAAGUUGAGGUUUCCCACCCUGGCAUUGCCGCUGUGUGGACCUUCAAGAAACAACCACUCAAAGCUGGUCCAAAGCAUAAGAUUGAGGCCAAGGGCAAAAAUUACAGCCUGAGUGUCAUUAAUACCAUGAAGGAUGAAGAGGGAGAAUACGCAUUCGCUGCUGGGGAACAGACAUCCAGCGCAAAGCUUACUGUGUCAGGUGGUGCCAUAAACAGACCACUCCAGGACGUGACUGUGGCUGAGUCUCAGACAGCUGAGCUGGAGUGUGAGGUGGCCAACCCAACUGCUGAGGGCAAGUGGCUCAAGGAUGGACAACCCGUGAACUUCAGUGACAAUGUCAACCAUAUGAACAAUGGAGCUGUCAGACGUCUUGUUAUUACCAUAACCAGACCCAAUGACAUCGGUGAAUACACUUACCAGGUCGCAAACUCCAAGACAACAGCCAACCUGAGAGUUGAGGCUGUGAAAGUCAAGAAGACACUGAAGAACCAAACUGUUACUGAGACACAGGAGGCAGAGUUCAGUCUGGAGCUCACCCACAAGAAUGUGAAGGGCUCACAAUGGAUUAAGAAUGGUGUAGAGAUCAACCCAAGUGAGAAAUAUGAAAUCACAACUGAUGGCCUGGUCCACACCUUGAAGAUCAAGAACUGUGACACACGCGAUGAAUCAGUUUAUGGAUUCAAACUUGGGAAACUAUCUGCUAAUGCUAGAUUGAACGUUGAGACAAUCAAGAUUGUGAAGAAGCCUAAAGAUGUGACAUCACUAUUGGAUGCCACUGCCUCUUUUGAGCUGAGUCUGUCCCAUGAUGACAUCCCUAUCAAAUGGAUGUUCAAUAACAAGGAGCUUAAACCAAGUGAAAACGUCAAAAUAGUGUCUGAGAGAAAAGCUCACAAGCUGACCAUCCAGAAUGUGAAGACUGGCGACCAUGGAGAGUACACAGCUGUAGUUGGAAACCUGCAAUGCAGCGCAUCUUUAUAUGUUGAAGCUCUGCGUGUCACAAAACCCAUCAAGAACAUUGAAGUCCCAGAGACCCAUGUGGCCACUUUUGAAUGUGAAGUUUCACACUUCAAUGUCCCGUCCACUUGGCUGAAAAAUGGAGUGGAGAUAGAAAUGAGUGAAAAGUUCAGGAUUGUGGUGCAGGGCAAGCUUCACCAGCUCAAGAUCAUGAACACUAGCAGAGAAGAUUCUGCAGAAUACACGUUUGUCUGUGGAAAUGACAGAGUGUCCGCCACUUUGACCGUCAAUGCCAUUUUGAUCACCAACAUGCUGAAAGACCUCAAUGCACAGGAGAAAGACACCAUCACAUUUGAAGUGAAUGUCAACUAUGAGGGCAUCACCUACAAGUGGCUCAAGAAUGGUGUUGAGAUUCCCUCCACAGACAGAUGCCAGAGCCGCACCAAACAGCUAACUCACUCGCUCACCAUCCGAAAUGUUCAUUUUGGUGAUAGUGCAGAGUACAAGUUUGUGGCUGGUUCUGCUGCGUCAGCAGCAAAGCUUUAUGUUGAUGCUCGCGUUAUUGAAUUCACCAAGCAUAUCAAAGAUAUCAAGAUUACAGAGAAGAAGAGGGCCACUUUUGAAUGUGAGAUCUCUGAGCCUAAUGUUCAGGUGAUGUGGAUGAAAGAUGGACAAGAGCUGGACAUUUCCGAAAGAUACACCGUAUCCACUGAGAAAUUCCUGCACCGUCUAAUGAUCCAGUCAGUCCGCAUGUCUGAUGCCGGAGAAUAUUCUGUCGUCGCUGGUGCAAGCGUGUCAAAGGCUUAUCUCACCGUGGAGGGCAAAGAUGUCCGCAUUACAGAGCCUGCUGAGAAGAAAAUGACGGUUGUUGAGAAACAAAGAACGACGUUUGAGUUUGAAGUCAAUGAGGAUGACAUUGAAGGUCGCUGGCUGAGGAACGGUGUUGAGCUCCAGUUUUCCGUUGAGCAGAGGUUUAGUUAUGUUUGCAUUAGAAAGCUCCAUCGUCUGACCAUCACUGAGACCUACAGAAGUGAUGCAGGAGAAUACACCUUCAUCGCUGGCAGGAACAGGACCGUUGUGACACUUCAUGUCAACAUCCCUGAGCCACCUCAGAUCAUUAACCACAUGCAGCCCCUGUCUGUGGAGGCCGGCAAACCUGCUCGCUUCUCUGUGGAAGUGACUGGCGUCCCCCAGCCCCAGGUGUUCUGGUACAAGAACUCCCAGGCUCUCUCCCCAGGCUUCAAGUGCAAGUUUCUGUGUGAUGGGAAUGAGCACUGUCUGCUACUCAUUGAAGUGUUCCCAGAGGAUGCAGCGGUCUACAACUGUGAGGCCAAGAAUGAAGGUGGUGUUGCCACCAGUUCAGCUGCACUGAAUGUCGAAGUUUCAGAAGUUGUUUCUCCUGACACUGGAGCUCCUCUGUCCCCACCUACCAUCAUCUCACCAAUCAGCAACACCUCAACCACUGAGGGAGAGUCAGCCAGAUUCCAGUGCAAAGUUACUGGAGAAGCUCUGAAGAUGUCCUGGUACCGUGGUGAGAAGGAAAUUAAGCAGUCAGACUUCUUCAGGAUUUCUACAUUUGAUGACACCUGCCAGCUGGAGAUCAGCAGAGUGUUCUCUGAGGAUGAGGGGGAAUACACCUGUGUUGCCAGAAACGCAGGAGGAAUGGUCACAUGCUCUGCACGUUUGAAACUUGAUGGGCAAAAACAAACUAUGGAUAUUACAUCUGAUUCUCAAAGGCAUGUCUCAUCCAGUCUUUCAUCAAGCUUCUCAAGUGUAAAGAAGGAGCAAAUUGCCCAAAGGCCCACUUUUAUUCACCCAAUAGAAAGCUGCGUCGUUCAGCAUGGUGAAGUGGCCAGGUUUCAUGCUUGUGUGUCCAGCAUGCCAACGCCAGAGAUUAGCUGGUAUCAUAACCAUCAGCCAAUUAAGCCUAUCAAAGAUAUUGUCUUUCAUUUCGAUGAGAUGACAAACACUGCCACAUUAAUUAUAGUCGAUGCAUACGCUGAGCAUGCUGGACAAUACACUUGCAAAGCAACCAAUAAAGCCGGAGAGGCCAUGUGCACAGCAACCCUUGCAGUAACCAAAGAAGUAACCCAUAUGAAGGAAGAGAUUGAAGCAACCAUUGAGCAAGAAGCCAAAGAAUAUUCUAGGUCGACUGUGACGACAGUGGAAGAAGAACAAGAAUCCUACACCACUGGCCUUCAGUUACCUCAAACAUCCAAAACACUUGAACUCCAGCCAGAGUCUAAAUACUAUUCUAGUACUUUAGAGGAUAAAAAAGAAAAGCCUAUAUUUUUGACCCAACUCUCACCAGCAGCUGUCAAUGUUGGAGAGUCAGCAAGAUUUACUAUCACAGUAUCUGGCCUUCCAAAGCCUACUGUUCAGUGGUUUCAUAAUGGGAGAGUCAUUACUUCUUCAUCAAUUUACAAAUUGGUUCAAGAAAAAGAUGAGUAUACCUUAAUAAUAUCUGAGGUAAAAACAGAGUAUAAAGGCGAGUACACUUGUACAGCUAGCAAUAGAUUUGGCCAGACAACCUGUACUACUUACCUGGAGGUAAGUAAGAGAGCUUCAACUACAGCUGAGCAAUGGGUGGAAAAAAUGUUCAAAGCCACUGUCCAACCUCCAAAUUUCACUAGCCAAAUCAAACCUAUAAAAUGCCAAGAGGGAGGUGAGGCUUACUUUAAAUAUAAAGUAACUGGUGAUCCAAUACCAGAUGUACAGUGGUAUAAAAGUGCUCGUCAAAUUCAGCCUGGUAAGUACUGCAUUAUAGUGAACAACCCAGAUGGCUCUGGCUUCAUCAACAUGAAGGGCAUUCAACAGCAGGACAGUGGUCUCUAUACAUGUAAGGCUUCCAACCCAUCUGGGGAGGCCUCUUGUAGUGCUGACCUAAUUGUUUUCAAAGAGCCUAUCUCUGUAUCUCAGCGUAAGGAACCCAUGGUUGUUCAAAAAGGUUAUAAAGUAUCCAUGACUGCUGAACAAGCUACAGAGACCCGCUUGUACGAGGUCAACCUUCCCGGAGAGACCAGGGCCAGAGAUCAAGCAGGACAUCAGAUGGUGUACACCAUUGGCACCGAGGACAGCCAGGUUGUUUCCAGUGAGCAAGUACAAACCCUUAGAGAGUUGGAUAUGUCAGCAGCUACGGUCCAAAGAGAAAGGGUCACCCACCAGGCUGCAGUUCUGCAGUCACAUGAGGUACAAGAGAGAGUGUCUGUGGGUGUCACUCGUCCACCUGAAGUUUCAGUAGUUUCUACGAAACAACACCGUACGGCUCCCUUUCAUACAUCUGCUGUUCAGGAUAGCCCACAGCUCACAGAGCAGCACUGUGACCGUAUCCAAAGCCCAGUAGUCAUAGAGCUGCAGUCUUCAAAAGAGAAGCGUUCACAAUUAAUGUCUGCCACUUCCGAGGAGAUAACCACCUUGGCGAGUGUAAGCACAGAGAUGUCAGGUGAAAGGAAGACAGAUAAAGUAAAGCCAACCUCCGAGCCAAAACAUCUUGUCAGUAGUCAUCUUGUUGAAUCCCAACUGUCAAUUUUAAAAGAACGAUCGCAAGAAAUUCCCAAGCCACAGGAGGAAAAAAGUUACAAAGUCAAAGAAGGCAUUAAGAUAUUGUAUUCCGCUAUGUCAACUGAAAAACAGAUGAUUCCUGAGGGCCAUACCACAGACGUGCCAUCUUCUGACUCUGCUCUACAAUCUUCAGUGACAAAAGAAUCGCUCAAACCAAUCCUAGCCUCAGUUUCUGAGACAAAACAAACCUUAUCAAAAGAGACUAAAUUUACCAUGCAGAGGCCAGAGGCAGAAAAGGCUCUCCUUCGUAAAGAUUACAUUAUGAAAUCUGCACUGACAGUUGAGGAAAAGCAGAUGUUACAAGCUGAACACACAAAACAAGUGAAGAGUUUAGAAAGUGCUACCUCAUUAUUUUCUCAGGUAGAAGGUGAACAGAUACUGCAUUUGCAGAUAAUUAGAGAUCAGGAUAUCCUACCAUCUGAGGAACCAUUUACUUGUGAGAAACCAGCUGUAGAACAAGCAGGUGCCAGGAAAAGCCCUACUCUUUUACAUACAGUAACCCACGAUGAACGGAUAUCUGUCACUUGCGAAGAUACGACUGAGUUUGAGGCCAAGAGAGACACAAUGACCAUUCAGCCCCAAAAACAAGCCCCUACCCCACUACAUCUUCAGUCAGUUCAUCCGGGAGGUGCCUUAACCAAAGAGGGAAUUAUUACCAUUGAAAAGCCAGUCCAACAGACAGCAACACAGAAGCAGGAGAAAGCCAGAAAACACGCAGCAUCCUCAGAGGAAAAAAGGGGGCUUAGCGCAGAUUAUUCCAAAGAUCUUGAUGUGUCUGUGACAGGAGUUCAGUCAAAGCUUAGAACAGAACCCAGACCACAGAACAUUCUUCAGGUCACAUCAAAGCCCAUGCAGAUAUCCAAAGAAACACCAUUUACUAGUGAUGCCAAACAGCAGCGUGCAUUAAUCCAAAAAGAGGAUCGUUGGAACAUCAUGCAAGUUACAAGUGUGGCAGAUAGUCAAGCGUUAGAGGAGGGACAUACUGAGAGUUUGACAGCUGUUGACACAUUUACAUGCAAAUCCGAAAUAGAGCCUAAAGUACCUACUGAGCCCAUACAAAUAGAGGAGAAGGCGAUCGCAACUGAGAGUAGUGUACUUCUAGAAGCAACAGAACAAGAUUUUGCCAUCCAGAUACAGGAAGGACAGUCUGUUAGACAGUCAAUAAUGAUGGAUGAAAAGCGCAUAUUGAUUGGGGAAAUGUCUCAGCAAAUAACCAAAUCAGAGUCAACAAAAGUUAGCCUUAAAACUCAGCACAAAAUGGCUGUUUUCGUUUCAGAGUCUGGAGAAAGUCGAACUCUUCCAAAGGAGCUCACAUUUGUUAUUCAGAUUCCAAAACCAACAAGUUUGGACAUCAGACGUCAGUUGAAAGAUGCACUUCAGUCUGCUGUGGCUCUUGAUCAGCCACUUAUACUAGCAGACGUUGUUGGAAGUUUAGAGGCUACUGAGGUACAGGAAGUGAAGGUACUCAAGGAACCUAGGCGUGCGAUGUUCACUUAUCUUAUCACAACACCAGGUGCCCCUAUGGAAAUAACACUUGCUUUUGAAGGUCAGUACCCCAAGACAGCAGAUCUAAGGACUGAACUCCAGGCAGCUUUCUACUCAAUUAUCUAUCACGAGCAGCAUGUUCUUACAUCUGAGCAACCUGGCACACUGCAAAUCGACAAGCCCCAAAGACUAAAGGUUAGCAGUGCAUCCUCCAAAGAAAUAUUGUCAUCUGUAGUUGAGACAGUAAAAGUAGCAGAAAGUGUAGUUGAUUUCACAACACCUAAAUCUCAGGCUGCUAAACGAAAGACAGAAUCUCGGGCUACACAUGAAACAGCAACAGCUGAGGAACGUAUUGUGGUGCAAGAGUCCAAAGUAACUCAAUCCAACUUGGGCGGUCAAGUAAUGGAAGUUACUACAGAAUCACUUGCUGAGUUUGGACAGACAGUACAGGUGGCCAUACAGGAGGUUAGAACUAUGACUGUAAAAGGUUAUGAGAGAGAUGUAGGUAUGGUUGAUAUCACCACCGAUAUGCCCAUGACAUCCAUUCCAACUGAACAGUCUUUAGAUGUACUCAUCCAAAGAGCACAGGAGGAAUUUAUUUCAGAAGACUUCCAAAAAUCUAAACCUCAAGGAAAUGUAAACGAUUAUCCCAUUAUUGAAACUUUCCUUGAGGACAUUACCACAGAGGAGCAUUGUAAGGUUACAUACACUGUGACAGUAAAGUAUGUUACAAAAGCUAAUUGGCUUUUCAAUGGACAAAUCAUUAAAUCUGGCAAAGAGUUCAAGUGUUCUAAAGAACAUGACACAUACACACUUACAAUCAUGAAAAUUAUCAAGGAGAAGCACGAAGGAGAAUAUGUCUUUGAGGCUGUGAAUGAAGCUGGAAAGACCACAACAUCAUCAAGACUCACAGUUGUCUCGAAAGUGCCACCUGUUUUCAGGUACAAAAUUGUUCCCCUGGAGAUCAAUGUUGGCAGUGAAGCCAAGUUUGAAUGUGAAAUUGAAGAGGCACCAAAUGUGAACUUCAAAUGGUUCAAGUCUGGCACUUCGAUCAAAGAGAGUGCAAAUUGUCACGUUCUCAGUCGGCAACUGACAUCUUCAUUGGAGCUUCUGAGCCCAACCAAAGCCGACAGUGGUGAAUACACCUGCAAGGCUACAAACCAACAUGGCAGUGACACCUGUGCCGCCAAACUGACAGUGACUGAGAUGUACCCGCCAGUAUUUAGUACAAAGCCUGAUCACAUGACUUUAUAUGUGGGCAAACAAGCAACAUUCCAGUGUGUAGUUACUGGCUCUUCACCGAUGACUAUUGUCUGGCACAAAGACAACAUUGCUAUCUCUCCGGGGGGAAGCUAUCAAAUAUCAUCUGACAAGACCAAAUAUUCCCUACAAAUCAAAAAUCUUCAGCUGAACGAUCAGGGCACAUACCUUUGCAAAGCAUCGAACAGUGUUGGUACUGUUACAUGCAGUUCAGAGUUGAGGGUUAUCAACAAACCCAGUUUCAUAAAGACCUUUGAGGUCUCAGUGUCUUCAGCCGUUGGUAACACACUGCGGCUCGAAGGUCAAGUGGAUGAGGACACUGGAGUGUCCAUCACCUGGAUGAAAGAUGGCAAAAAGCUUCAUCAAACAAUGGAUUGUAAACAAUCUUUUGAAGACAAGGUUGUCGUUCUUGAAAUUUCAAAAGCAAAACUGAAAGAUUCAGGGAAAUAUGUAUGUACAGCUUCAAAUGAUGCUGGGAGUGCAACUUGUCCUACCACGUUGACGGUACAAGAGCCCCCUACCUUUGUUAAGAAAAUGGAACCAAAACUAAUGUGGAAGCAGGGCAUAGCUGCUCGGAUGCAGGGCACAGUCAAAGGAUCAGCUGAACUCAAAGCUUCCUGGUUUUUGAAUGACAAGGAGCUCAGUGAUGGAGAUAAAUAUAAAAUCACUUUCAAGGCUGGUCUUGCAACUUUGGAAAUAAUCGAUGUAAACGUGUUAGACAGCGGAAACUACACUUGUGAGGUGUCAAACAAAGCUGGUAGUGAGAGCUGCAGCACUGAGUUAUCUGUAAAAGAGCCCCCUUCCCUUCGAAAAGAAUUGCAAAUGGUUGAGGCAGUGAAGGGAACUCCUGCCGUACUCGAAUGUGAAAUUAAAGGAACAGCUCCAUUUGAAAUCACCUGGUUGAAGAAUAAGAAACCAGUCGUCACCACAGAUAAAAAGUACAAGAUCGUCUCUCAGGAGUCCAUUGCUCGUUUGGAGUUCUGCUCAUUUGAAAGUGCAGACAUUGGGGAUUAUCAGUGCUGCAUAGCUAAUGAUGUUGGUAAAAUCACCACUAAGGCACUGGCCAAACUAAAAGAACCACCAACAUUUGCAAAGAAGAUUGAAACCAUUACAGCAACAUUGGGAGAUUCUGUGAAACUGCAGGGCACAUUGAAAGGCUCACCCCCCAUUUCCGUCAAAUGGAUAAAGGACACUGAAAUGUUGAGAGAUGAUGAUCCAAAUAUCAAAAUGACAUUUGAGAACAACAUUGCUAUUUUGUCAAUAACAACUGUUGCCAUUAACCAUGGUGGCAAGUACACUUGCCAAGCAGAGAAUGAGGCCGGUCAAAACAAAUGUGAAGCCACUCUAACAGUUCAAGAACCUGCUAGAAUCUUAGAGAAAGCAGAAUCCAUCAAUGUGACUUCAGGGGAAUCUGCAACCUUGGAAUGCAAAAUCGCUGGAAGCCCAGAACUUAAAGUGAAAUGGUUCCAGGAUGGAAAGGAGAUGAAAGGGAGUCGAAAAUAUAAAAUAACUCUGAAAGAUAAUAUUGCUAUCUUAAAGAUUCUUGCGUCUGAAAAAAUAGACUCUUCCGAAUACACAAUGGAAGUGUCCAACCGUGUUGGAAAGGACCGGUGCUCAUGCUCUAUUACUGUGCUGGAUCGUAUCAUACCACCCUCUUUUACAAGGUCUCUGAAAAGACUUGAUGGAAUUAUGGGUAACGAUAUUUCAAUGGAUUGCAAAGUAUCUGGAUCCCAGCCUAUGACUCUGUCUUGGUUCAAAGACGAUAAAGAAAUUACGUUCGGAGAUAGAUAUUUACCUGAAAUCAAAGACAACUCAGCUGCACUGAAAAUUACUCAAUUGGAAAAGGUUGAUGCUGGAGUGUACACAUGCCGGGCAACAAAUCCGUCUGGAUCUGAAGAAAGCAGUGGAACCUUAUAUGUCAAAGAACCUCCAGUCUUCACAUUGAAACCUGACAACCAAGAUGUCAUACCAGGAUCUACUGUUGUCUUGAAGUGUGCUUUCACUGGAACAGCUCCUCUUAUGAUCAAGUGGUUCAGAGACGACAAGGAGAUAUCAAGUGGAGGCACAUUUUUUAUCAAGAAGGAGACCUCCUUAAGUUUUUUGGAACUUCACUCAGUAAAACCCAGUGACUCAGCUAACUACACAUGCCAAGUGGCCAAUGACGCUGGAAAGAUGGCGUGCACUGCUGUCUUGUUUGUGAAAGAACCUCCAAUGUUUGUGGUGAAGCUUGAGUCUACGAAACUAGCAGUGGAAGGAAGUGCUGUAAAGCUGGAGUGUAAAGCAACCGGCAGCCCUGAGAUCAGUUUUAAGUGGUUCAAGGAUGAGAUUGAGAUAACACAAAAGGAGAAAUACAAAAUGGCUGUCACCAAUUCAGUUGCCUCAUUGGAGUUUGUCAACUGCUCUGUUGAUGAUAGUGGAAAUUAUGUUUGUGCAGCAUCAAGUGAUGCUGGUAGUGACCACAGCGGCAGCACAGUUACAGUUAAAGAACCUCCAAUAUUUACAAGGACCUUUGAAUCCAAAGAAGUUAUCAAAGGAUCUGAUAUUAUGCUGGAAGGAAAGCUUGCAGGCUCUGCUCCAUUCAACGUAUCAUUUUACAAAAACACAAAGGCGAUCAGAAAUGAUAAAAGACAUAAGAUAGUCGUAAAGGAUGACAUAGUUACCCUCCAGAUCCUGGCAAUUGAAGCCGGAGAUGCUGGAAAAUAUCAGUGUACAGUAGAAAAUGAAGUUGGGAAGUCAUCUUGUGAUUGUGAGAUGACACUGAAAGAACCGCCAUCAUUUGUGAAAAAGAUAGAGAAUGUGAAUUCCCUAGUUGGCAGUGAGAUUUCUAUGCAGUGUACUCUGAAAGGAUCACUACCUAUGACUGUGUCAUGGCUGAAGGAUGACCACGAGGUCAAAGAUGGUGAGCAUGCACAGAUGUCCGUUGAAGACAGGACCGCACUGCUGCGUAUUUCAAAUAUUCAAACCAAACAUGCUGGGAAAUAUACUUGUCAGGCCAAAAAUGAAGCUGGCAAUCAGAAAUGCUCUGCGUUAUUGGUAGUCAAAGAACCAGCAAAUAUCACUGAACAGGCUAAAUCUGUCAGUGUUACAAUGGGGGAUCCCGCUACACUUCAGUGCCGGUUCUCAGGAACCAGGGUGCUCAAAGUCAAAUGGCUGAAGGAUGGAAGAGAGCUGACAUCAGGUCAUAGAUACAAAGUACAGAGCACAGAUAAGAGCUCUGUACUAAACAUUCUCCGUACUGAAAAAAGCGACAGUGGAGAUUACAACUUUGAGGUUUCCAAUGACGUUGGAAGCAGUACCUGUGAAGCUACAGUUUCUGUUCUAGAACCACCAUUGGUUUUAGAAAGGCCUGAAUCAAUGGAUGUUUUGCCUGGAUCAAAGGUUCAAUUUAAUGUCCUUUUGUCUGGCACGCCACCUUUGACCAUUAAAUGGUUUAAAGACAAGAAGGAGAUCUCAUCCGGCUCUGAUUGCUCUGUGACUAAAGACAACACCUCUACAUCGUUGGAGCUGUUCUUUGCCAAAGCAUUAGACUCUGGAGACUAUAUCUGCGAAAUUAAUAAUGACGUGGGCUCUGAUGCUUGCCAAGCAAUGCUCUUUGUCAAAGAGCCUCCAAAGUUCACACGAAAACCUGACGGUGUGUCAGUGGUGAAACCUGGGCAAAGUAAAACAUUUGAAUGCCAGGUGACUGGAACUCCAGAGAUUGAUAUAUACUGGUUCAGAGAUGGGAACGAGAUAAGUCCUAGUGACAAAUACAAGAUGUUCUUUGAUAACAACAUAGUAACCCUAGAUAUUUGUGGUGCUGAUACUAAGGACAGUGGAAUAUACUAUUGUGAAGCCCGUAAUGAAGCCGGCAGUGAAAGCUGCAAUAUGGAAUUGAAAGUGAAAGAGCCACCAUCCUUUGUUAAACAGUUAUCAGCUGCGGAUAUUGUGAAGGGCUCCAAUGCCUCUUUAGAGUGCCAAGUCAUUGGCACAGGUCCGUUUGAGGUCAUGUGGCAUAAGGAUUUAAAGGAAAUUAAAUCCAGCACAAAGCACAGUUUCUCACAAGUACAGGACAUUCUGAAUCUUGAGAUACAGAAAUGUGAUGGUGUAGAUGUUGGUGAAUACCAGUGUACCGUCUCAAAUGAGGUUGGAAGUUGUUCUUGUAGAACUACGCUUCGUAUAAAAGAUCGACCAUCAUUUGUGAAGAAAAUUGAAAAUGUAGCCACUGUUUUGGGCAAAUCGGCUGAAUUUCAGUGUGUUGUCACUGGGUCACCAUCUCUGUCUGUGCAAUGGCAAAGAGAUGAGAACUGGAUCUUGGAAGAUCCUAAAAUUGAACGGACAUUUGAGAAUAAUGUCGCAACUCUAAGGAUUCCGGUCUGUGAGGCCCAUCACAGUGGGAAAUAUACCUGCCAGGUGGCAAAUGAUGCUGGACAGGACAAGUGCUUUGCAACCCUCAUGGUGCAAGAACCACCUCAGAUUACAGAGAAACCAGAAGUGAUGAAAGUAACUAUUGGGGAUCCAGUCAGUUUAGAGUGCAAAGUGGCAGGCAGUCCGGAGCUCAAAGUGAAGUGGACCAAAGAUGGCAAAGAGCUCAAGUCAAGUCCACAGCACAAACUUAGCUUCGAGAACAACCUUAGUAGCCUUAAAAUUCAGACUACACAAAAGGAGGAUGCAGGCAACUAUCAAUUUGAGGUCUCAAACCACAUUGAUACCUGCAGUUGCAAAGUCAAGUUGAUUGUACUAGAACAAACUAUUCCCCCAAGCUUCACCAAACCAAUGAGUGAAAUACAGGAAAUAUUGGGAACAUUUGUUCAAAUUGGCUGCAAAAUAUCUGGAUCCCUUCCCAUUACUGUGGAAUGGCAAAAAGAUGGAAACAACAUUUCCGUUGGUGGAAAAUAUAAACUUGUUCGUCAAGACAAUUCUGUGUCUUUGGAAAUCGAACAGUUAGAGAGAGUUGACGCCGGCACUUACUCUUGCAAACUAACAAAUACAGCAGGAAGCGUUGAAUGUAGUGGGGCACUAAGGGUGAAAGAGCCGCCAAGCUUUGUGCUGCUGCCUGAGCCCCAGGCAGCCCUUCCUAACUCCAACGUGCGAUUUAAGAGCACGUUUAAAGGAACACCUCCUUUCGCAGUGAAAUGGUUCAAGGAUGACACUGAAUUGAUCACUGGACCAUCAUGUUUUACCGGACUGGAAGGAUUAUCUUGCUUCUUAGAUCUUUACUCAGUUGGAGUUUUGCAGAGUGGAGUUUACUCUUGUCAAGUUAGCAAUGAUGCCGGCACUGAAAGAUGUAGUGCCAAUUUAACAGUAAAAGAACCUCCUGAAUUUGUGCUGAAAUUGCCAGUCACAAAGUUUGUGAAGAAGUGCGAGCCACUCCGUCUUGAAUGCAAAGUUACGGGUGCGCCCUCUCUGCGUAUGCAAUGGUUCAAAAAUGACACUAAGAUCACAGAAGGUGACAACUAUAGAACUUCAUUUGUUGACUCAAUGGCAGCACUUGAGCUGCACACCACAAGAUUUGAAGACAAUGGAGUCUACACUUGUGAAGCAACCAACGAAGCUGGAAGCAUAAGCUGCAGCACAACCCUUACAGUCAAAGACCCACCAUCUUUCCUCAAAGUACCUCAGCCAAUUGAAGGAAUGAAAGGAAAGGAUGCUAGCCUACACUGUGAGAUAAUUGGCACAGCACCCUUUGAGAUUACCUGGUCCAAAGAUAAAACACCACUAAAAGAAAGUAGGAAAUAUAAGAUGGUGAAUGAGGGUACCUCUGCCACUCUUCAUAUAAUUGGAUUGGAAGCCUCAGAUGUUGGAGAGUAUGAGUGCAAGGCAUCAAACAGUGUAGGAUAUGAAACAUGCCGUACUACAAUUCAACUCAGAGAACCACCAACGUUUGUGAAGAAAUUGUCGAAUAUGACAUGUAUAUUGGGUGACGAAGUCACCCUGACGGCCAAUGUCAAAGGCUCUCAGCCAAUGACCGCGUCUUGGGUACAGGAUAAGGAUCACAUUCUCAGAGAUGGUGACAACCGGACAAUUACCUUUGACAACAACCAGGUCACUCUUAAAGUCUUUAAAGCAGAUUUACUGGCAAUGGGCAAAUACACCUGCCAACUCAGAAAUGAUGCCGGAGUUGUGGAAUGUUUUGCUAACUUGACUGUAUUAGAACCAGCUAAAGUUGUAGAGAGACCAGAGUCUUUCAGUGUGACUGCAGGUGAUAUUGCAGCUCUAGAAGUCAAAGUGUCGGGGACACCAGAGCUGAAACCAAAAUGGUUUAAGGAUGGAGUCGAACUCUCCUCUGGACAGAAGUACAAAAUCUCAUUCUCAAAGAUGAUCUCCAGCUUAAAAGUUUUGUCUGCAGAAAAAGUUGACACAGGAGAAUAUACAUUUGAGGUCAAAAAUGAGGUUGGCAGUGAUCUCACCAAAUUAAACCUCACUGUACUAGAUAAAACUAUACCUCCAACAUUUACAAGGAAAUUGAAUGAUUAUCAACCUAUUGUUGGAAAAGCUGGUGAAAUGGACUGCAAAGUCUCUGGUUCCGCACCUUUCACCAUUACCUGGUACCAUGAUGGAGAGGAGAUCAAAACUGGACCAAACUAUGAGAUUACAUUCAGUGACAACACCUGCAUGCUCAAAGUGCCCACUCUUAAGUUGUCAGACUCUGGAGUGUAUAAAUGCAAAGCUGUAAACAAGGCAGGAACCAAUGAGACCAGUGCCUCUUUCAUUGUGAAAGAACCUCCUUCUUUCGUGAUGCCACCUCAGCCAUUGGAAGCAAUGCCUGGCACAAAUGUUUUGUUCUCAGCAAUUGUCAAAGGAAGUGCCCCACUGAAACUGAAGUGGUUCAGAGGCACCAAGGAAAUUUUGUCUGGAAAAGGCUAUGAAAUUGCUCUCCGGGACAGUACAGCUACAAUGGAGCUAUUCAAAAUUGACAAAUCCCACGCUGGAGAGUAUACAUGCCAGAUUAUUAAUGAUGCUGGGAAGGAAAGUUGCCCAGUUAACCUGUCUGUGAAAGAACCUGCGCGCUUUGUUAAGAAGCUGAAGGACCAUUCUGUUGAAAAGGGUAAAUCAUUGGUACUUGAGUGCACAUACUCUGGAACCCCAAAGAUAUUUGUCACCUGGUAUAAGGACGGAAAACAGCUAUAUUCUUCUUAUAAGCACAAUGUCACUACCACUGAGACCUCCUGCAUCCUGGAGUGUUUAAACACUGAUGAUAAGGAAGCAAGUGGGGAAUACGCUUGUGAAGUUUCCAAUGAUGCUGGAAAGGAUACCUGCAAAGCACAAGUGUCCAUCUUAGAACCACCUUAUUUCAUUGAGAAUUUGGAGCCAAUGGAAGUGACUGCUGGUGAUGCAGUUUGUUUGAAAUGCCAUGUGGGCGGAACCCCUGAAAUAAAGGUGGCUUGGUUUAAGGCUGACGGAAAAGUGAGGUCCAGCCCCACUUGCAAAAUAGAAUAUUCCAAAGGAAUUGCUUGCUUGAAACUGAGCAAAGCAACCAAGGCUGAUAUUGGUGAAUACACAUGCAAAGCAGAAAACAACAUAGGAACAGCCUCAUCCACUUGCCGCCUCUCUGUCCAAGAGGCAAAAACGCCACCUACCUUCCCCAAGAAAAUAACCAGUCUUCAACAGACUGAAGGAAUGGAAGUCAAAUUUGAGUGCCGCGUGGCAGGCUCCUCGCCCAUUGAGGUCUCUUGGUUUAAAGAUGGUGAAACUCUGAAAUCCACCGACUAUACCAUGAGUUAUGAUGAUAACACUGCUGCCCUAAAAAUAACCAGAGGUGAAAUGAGACACUCUGGGGAAUACACUUGUGUUGCUACCAACAGCGUUGGGACUGCAUCCUGCAGAGCCAAACUCACUCUUCAAGAGCCAAGAUAUCCCCCUGUCUUUGAUAAAAAGCUGUCACCCAUGGUGGACAUUUCAGUGGGUGAUAGUGUGGAAUUGGAAUGCCACAUGACUGGAUCUUUGCCAAUAAAAGUCACUUGGUCAAAGGAUCACAAAGAUAUUCGAUCAGGAGGAAAUUACAAGAUGUCCUGCGUGGAUAACACCCCACACCUUACUAUAUUGAAAGCAGCUAAAGCAGACUCUGGCCGCUACUUUUGCCAUGCCACUAAUGACAUUGGAAAGGACUCUUGUUCCACUGAAAUUACUGUCAAAGAGCGCAAAAUCCCACCUACCUUCACCAAAAAGCCCACAGAGACCCUUGAGGAUACAGAGGGCAAGAUGGUGAAAAUUGAGGCACGUUUGUCUGGUUCUCAGCCCAUGACCAUCAAUUGGUACAAAGAUGACAUUGAAAGGCACAGCUCUGAUCACUAUGACAUGUCCUUCAAGAGCAAUGUGGCUGUGUUGUGUAUCAAGAGCUCUGAAGUCUCAGACUGUGGCAGGUAUACCUGCAAAGCCACCAAUGAAGCUGGCACUGCCUCUUGCGAAGUGACAGUUACCAUAACUGAACACAAGAAGCCCCCUACAUUUGACCCCACUCUCAAACCUGCCACGCUGACCGAGGGAGAGAACCUGCAUCUUAGCUGUCAUGUCCAUGGAUCCCCUCCUAUGAAGAUUCAGUGGAUGAAGGACAGAAAAGACUUGAAAAACACUUCCAGCACUAAAAUCAUUUUUGCCGAUGAUGUUGCCUCUUUGGAGGUCAUGCGCGUAUCAAAGAAUGAUGCAGGGGACUACCUCUGCAAGGCUACCAAUGAAGCUGGUAGUGAAUUCUGCAAGGCCAAAGUGACAAUCAAAGGUACAUCUUCUGAACCAUAUUUUGCUUCAACAGCACCUAAACCCGCUGAAGAGGAAUCAACAGCAGCACCAGUAAAGAAACUGGACAACUUGUUCUUCAUCGAGGAGCCCAAGCCUUGCCAUGUAGCCGAGAAGGGCACUGCAACGUUCAUCGCUAAGGUUGGAGGUGAUCCCAUUCCUAACGUGAAAUGGAUGAAGGGCAAGUGGAGGCAGAUCACUCAUGGUGGUCGCAUCACUAUUGAGCAGAAAGGCCCAGAUGCCAAGUUAGAGAUCAGAGAAAUAACAAAGUCUGACUCCGGACAGUACAGAUGUGUUGCAACUAACAAAGCUGGAGAAAUAGAAUGCAACACCGACAUGCAUGUUGAGGAAAGGAAAGAGGUUGUCGGAGUUGAGGGAGACUUCAGAGCAAAACUGAAGAAGACUCCAUCUAAGCAGAAGAGUCCCCAGGAAGAGAAAGACAUUGACAUUGUAGAGUUGCUCAGAAAUGUGGACCCUAAGGAGUAUGAGAAAUAUGCCCGCAUGUAUGGAAUUACUGACUACCGUGGACUUCUUCAGGCCAUUGAGCAGCUGAAGAGGGAGAAAGCAGAAGAAAGUGGAAGACCGGAACUGGAGAGAGAGAGAGAAUCGGACGAGGAUUUGGCUGCUCUUGUGGCUGAUUUGCAAAAGAGAAUGGAACGUACUGAGCCUGUCACCGUGAACAAGGACAUAACAGAUCAAUCUACAGUCACCAACAAGGUUGCCACCUUUGAGUGUGACAUCAAGAUCAACUUUCCAGAGAUCACCCUGUCCUGGUACAAGGGAACUCAGAAGCUUGACAACAAUGAAAAAUACGAAAUCAACAUUGUUGGUGACAGUCACAUUCUGAAGAUCAAGCAGUGUCAAACCAAAGACCAGGGCAACUACCGUGUUGUAUGUGGCCCACAUAUCUCCAGUGCCAAACUGACUGUUAUCGAGCCUGAGGUUGAGAAACAUCUGGAGGAAGUUGUGUGUAAGGAGGGACAAACAUGUACACUGUCUUGCCAGUUUUCUAUCCCUAAUGUCAAAACACAGUGGUUUAAGAAUGGAAAGCUUUUAGAAAUGAAGGGCAGAUACUCGCAUGAGGUGGUCAACAAGAUUCAAAGGCUGUCGAUUAAAGACCUCCAACCAGAAGACCACGGAAGCUAUGCCUGCAGAUAUGACAACCUUGAAUCAACUGCAGAUCUAUGGGUUGAAGCUGAACAAAUUCACUUCACCAAACGUAUCCAGAACAUUGUGGUGGGCGAACGCCAAGCAGCCACCUUCGAAUGUGAGGUGUCUUUCGACAAUGCCAUCGUUACAUGGUACAAAGACACUUGGGAACUCAGAGAGUGCCCAAAGUAUAACUUCAGAAGCGAAGGCAGAAGACACUUUAUGAUCAUCCGCAAUGUAACCAAUGAAGAUGAAGGCGUUUACUCGGUCAUUGUGAGGUUGGAGCCCAGAGGGGAAGCUAAAAGCACAGCUGAGCUUUAUCUUUCAGACAAAGAAAUUGAAUUAGCAGGGGUACCCCAUGAUGUCCCUGAUUCAUCAAUACGAAUCCCUGAUAUACCAUCUUCAGUUACUCUAAAAGAAUCUUCUGAAUACUAUUAUGAAGAAGAGAUGGAAGUGAGAGAGGUGGAAAUGAGAGAGUAUGAAAGCUGGACAGAAGAGACAGUAGUACAGAAAAUCUCUACAACCACAGCCCCGAGAGUACCUGUUGAGGAGGAGUCCGUCCAGAGUAAGAAGGUUGGAAUGAGGGAGGAAAUGCCACAAAAAGUUUCUGAAGUGCACAAGAAACCCGAGGAGAAGGCUAAACCAGCUGAGGCAGCAGUACCACAUAAAGUACCUGAAGCCAAAAAGCCAGUGGAGGAGAAGAUAACUGCAGAGGUUGUCCCAGAGAAACUUCCCACUCCAAAAGAAGAACAUGGAGAAGCAAAGGCACCUUUCCAUAAGCCAGCUGAGAAACCUGAACAGGUUCCAUUAAAGAAAGAUGUCCCUCAAGCUGCACCCCAUGUUGCGGAGCCAAAAGCUGAGCCAAAACCUGAGCCUAAAGUUUCACCUGUGGCUAAGGUUGAACCUGAACCGAAGGGUGCACCUGUAAAGAAACCAGAGAGUCCACUAUCCAAAGUUCCUGAGAAAGCUAAGAAACCAGAGGCUUCAAAACCAGAACCAGGAACGCCAGCGGCAGUUAAAAAGCCAGAGACUGCACCUACUCCUUCUCAUAAGGAGCCAGAGCCUACUCCUGCUGCAAAGAAGGUCCCAUCACCACAAGUGCCAGAAGCACAAAAAAGACAGGAGGUAACUCCGCAGAGACCAGCUACCAUCCCUCAAAAAGUGGCCAGAGAGGACAUAGAGCCUCAUGUGCAACCUGUGCCAGAACAAGUUCCUGUGGAAGAAAGAAAACCAGAACCUCUUAAGGUUGCCAGAAAGCCUGAAUCAGUUAUUGUGACGCCAAAGCAAGAUACACCGCAAAAAGUAAUGGAGCUCAAACAAAAGCCUGUACCUGUUGAGAGGGUACCUGAGAUAAAACCUACUGAAAAGGUACCUGUUGAGAGGGUUCCUGAGAAGAAACCUACUGAAAAAUUACCUAUUACUAAACCUAAAAAAGAGAUGGAAGAAGAAAAGAAAGUUCCAACUUCAGAAAUAGAAGUUAUGCCACAAAGAAAAGGAACUCCGCCAGACACAGUACCAGCAACGGAGAAGGAAUCACCCCUACAACCUGUUCGACCACUUACAAAGAAAGUGCCUAAACCAGAGAAAACAGUUGUUGCUGAGGAGGUGAAAGAAUCACCCCCAAAACUGGCUGAGCCACUUGUAAAGCGAGUGUCUAAGCCAGAGAAAACUAUUGCUGAAGAGGUGAAAGAAUCACCUCUUAAGCCGACUGAGCCACUGGCUAAGAAAGUAUCUAAACCAGAGUCUCAGCCAGAGACUAAGCCAGAGAAGGUGGCAAAGAAAACAGCUGCUGCUGAGGAGGUGAAGGAAUCACCUCCAAAGCCCACUGAGCCACUUCCUAAAAAAGUGCCUAAGCCAGAGACUAUGGUUAUUGCUGAGGUAGAAUCUCCACCAAAGACUACUGAGCCACUUGCAAAGAAGGUGGCUAAGCCAGAGACUAAGCCAGAGACUGAGCCAGAGAUUGAGCCAGAGACUAAGCCAGAGACUAAGCCAGAGACUAAGCCAGAGAAGACAGCUAAUGCUGAAGAAGAUGUUGUUCCCAAAAAAGUUCCAGCAAAGGAAUCACCUCCAAAGCCUGCUGAGCCUCUUGCAAAGAAAGUGCCUGCACCAGAGAAAACAGCUAUUUCUGAACAGGUGGAAUCACCUCGAAAGCCUGCUGAGCCACUUCUUAAGAAAGUGUCUUUGCUAGAGUCUAAGCCUGAGCCUAAGCCUGAACCUAAGCCAGAGAAGAAGGCUGUUGCUGAGCCUCCAAAGCCAGUGGAGCCACUUGUAAAGAAAGUCUCUAAGCCAGAGAAGAAGGCUGUUGCUGAAGUGGUGUCAAGUGAAGAUGUUGCUGCCCAAAAAGUACCAAUAAAGGAGAGCCAAACAUUUCCAAAGCCCACAGAGCCACUUGCAAAGAAAGUCAGUCCUCUUGAAGCUCCUCAAGAUAAGAAAAAGACUACACAGGAAACAAAGCCUGCCUUCCAAGUGCAAGAACAAGAUGAUACGGAGACAGGUGAAGGCAAGCAGGCACCUGGACCUGCUAAGAAAGUUCUCCGACAAAAAGCAAAAAUUCAUGUUGAGAAAGAAGAAACACUUGUACUGCCAACCUUGAAGAAAACAACCAGGAUAUCCAAAGAUGUGGAGCAAGAACAGGAGAUCAUAUCACUGAAGAAAGUGCCUUCAGUCCCCUUUGAAGAUCAGCCAGCGCCACCAAAGAAACCUCCUCCGAAAAUUACGAAGCAUACAAUCCAUGACUUUGAAGAGAGGGUGUAUGAAGAAGUUGAAGUAACAGUAUAUGAAAGGUAUGAGGCAGAGCAAAUCGACAAGACAGAUAAAAUCAGCCAGAUACCUGAUGGAGCUAAAAUAAAGACACCUAUAGAGGUUGAAACAAAAGACUCAACUGAGGACAAAUGGUCUCGGAAGACCAUCCCCAGAGAUGAAAAAGAAGAGGACAAAAUGACUUUAAAGAAAACUCCCAAGGGUGUGAAAGAAGAGGAACCAACAGACCCCAGUUUAGCCCUAAAGAAAGUGUCCAGAUUGCCAUCAGAUGAAAAAGGAGAAGAAACUGUGAAGUUAAAACCGUUCCAAAAAUCUCCUAAAGCAGGAACCGUUGAGCCAGAGAAGGACAAGUACAAAGAUAAGGAAUCUGGGGCUUUCAAAAGAGGUGAGAGACCAUCAAUAGAUGAAGACAUCAAAGAACCUGCUGAUCGUAAGAAAGCUGAUAGAGUUCUUAGUGCUAAAGAAGAGUCACAGGCAGUCAAAUUAAAACCAGUGCCCAAAGUUCCUGAAGAUGAACAAGUCCAGGAUUCGGACAAACCACUGACAAAGGUGAAAAGGAUUACAACACAGGAGCAAGAGAAGGAAGAUGUUAAAUUGAAGCCAUUUUCAAAGUCACCUAAAGCUGACACUGAAGCUGUGAAGCCUGAGAAGGAGCCUGAUAAGAAGAAAGAGGCUCAAAAAACCCUUCAACAAAAGCCAAGUCCUCCAAAGACAGCACCCAUAAAGAAAAUGGAAAAGAGUCCUAAAGAGGAAGAGCCAGUACAGUUAAAAAAGGUUGAGCAGGUGCCAAGAGAACAAGAGGACAAAGAAAAAGAUAAACCCUCAAAGCAUGAAGAGACACUUAAGAAAAUGGUAGAACUGAAAAAGACUCCUUCACCUAAGGUUGAAAGACCAAAGCCAAAAGAAAUAGAAAAAAUUACUAUGGAGAGGAAGCCCAGUGCGGAAAGGACCAAAAAGCUACCCAAAGAAGUUUCACCAAAAGAUUCAUUUGAAGGUGUUACCCUCAAAAAAGUUCCAAAGAAAUCACCACAAGAGGAAACUGAUGGAGCACCACUGAAGAAAGUGCCGGCAAUGAAAGAGCUUUCCCCUAAAGCUGUACAGUUACGAAAGAUCUCGACUCAACUGGAGGAGGAAGUAUUUGAGGAGGAGCCAGAUGUUGAGGAGGAAUCUGACAGUGAAGGUUGGGGAUGGGAACUUGCCCCUCGUGAUAGUCCUGGAUCCACAGAAGAUUUGGGAGAGGAAGGUGAUGCACUUGGAAUGCCAAGACGAGAUGGAAAGCCAGCAGAAGAAGCAGGCACAGGCAGAGGUAGAGGUAGAGGCCUCAAAGCAGGCAAAACCCCAUCCCCUGGUGAAGGCAGGGGUAGAGGACUGAAACCCGGUGGUGGAGGAGACAAACCACCCGAUGCUAAUCCGUUCGGAUUCCAGCUUAAGGCAGUUCCACUGAAGUUCACGAAACCGCUUAAAGAGAUAGUGUUACAAGAAGGGGACGCUGUUGGUGCUUCUGCUACGUUUGAGUGUGAGGUUUCACCUUCUACUGCAGUUACUACAUGGAUGAAAGAUGACAGCAACCUAAGAGAGAGUCCAAAACACAAAUUCACCUCUGAUGGCAAAGAUCGCAGACUAGCCAUUAUUGACGUACAACUUUCUGACACUGGAGAAUAUACCUGUGUAGCCAAGCUGGGCAACAAGGAAAAGACAACAACCGCUAAACUCAUUGUUGAAGAACUGCCCGUGAAGUGGGUGAAGGAGCUGGAUGAGGAGACGUCAGUCCUGAAGGGGCAGCCUAUGUACCUGACCUGUGAGUUGAACAAGGAGAGAGAAGUGACCUGGAUGAAGAGUGGUAAGAUCCUCAAAGUAAUCCCUGGAAAAGUGGCCAUCAACGUCAUUGGAAUGCAACAAGCCGUUACGAUCCAGAACACGGGCGAUGACGACGCUGGAAUCUACGCAUGCGAGUGUGAACUCAUCAGGACCAAAACAACUGUCAAAAUCAUUGAAAUUAUCAGAGACUGGUUGGUGAAACCAUUGAGAGAUCAGCAUGUGAAACCCAAGGCCACUGCCACUUUCAAGUGUGAGCUCUUCAAAGAAACCCCCAACUGGAAGUUUUUCAAAGGCAACGAUGAGAUUACUAAUGAUCCUACUGACAAGACUGAGGUCAAGAAAGAAGGAAAAGUCCUGACUCUCACAAUAAAGAAUGCACAGCCCGACGAUAUUGGAGAAUAUGCCAUGGAAGUUGAAGGCCACAGAUACACAGCUAAACUGACUCUUGGAGAACGUGAAGCUCAGAUCUUGAAGCCUCUCUCCAGUUGUGAGGUGGUCGAGAAAGAAGAUGUUACAUUUGAAACGGAGAUAUCUGAAGAGGAUGUGCCUGGAGAAUGGAAACAUAGAGGGCAGGUCUUAACAAGAUCACCGACAUGUGAGAUCAAAAUGGAGGGCAAGAAACGUUUCCUCACUCUGAAAAAUGUUCCACUGGACGCGUCUGGUGAAGUGUCUUAUACAGCUCUGAAUGCUGUCACUAGUGCUGUGCUCACAGUCAAGGAACUGGAAAUGGACUUCACAGUCCCCUUGAAGGAUGUGUCUGUACCUGAAAAGAAACAGGCUAUGUUUGAGUGUACAAUCACAAAGGAUGUGCCUAAAGUCAUGUGGUUUAAGGGUUCUGACACCAUUGGUACAUCAGACAAAAAAUAUGAAAUAAUCGAUGAUGGAAAAAAACACAUGUUGGUCAUAAACAAUUGUGAGUUUGAUGAUGAGGGAAUUUACAGUAUUGAAGCCUCGGGCAAAAAGUCAACCGCUACACUCACUGUGGAGGGUAUCAGGCUCAAAUUUGAAUUGCCACUUCAGGACCAAACUGAGAAGGAAGGUAACACUGCUCGGUUUGAGCUUGAGCUCUCUCAUGAGAAUGUACCUGUGACAUGGUACAAAAAUGAAACCAAACUCCAUGUGAGCCGAACCGUGCUCAUCUAUAGUCGCGGAAAGAAACAUACACUAGAAAUCAAGGAGUUGACUCUAGAUGAUAUCUGCCAGAUUAAAGCAGAGGCUAAAGGAAUUCCCUCAAUGGCGAACCUGACGGUGAUAGAGGGUGAUGCAUACUUCGUAGUGAAGUUGCAGGAUUAUACUGCAGUCGAGAAAGACGAGGUAACUCUGGACUGUGAACUCAGCAAAGAUGUCCCCGUCAUGUGGUACCAUAAUGAGACUGAAAUUAAGGCCUCUAAGAUGGUAACCAUAAGUGCUGAAGCGAAUCGAAGAGUGUUGUCCAUUAAGAAAGUGGAUGACAGAGAUAAGGGACAAUACAUAUGUGAUUGUGGAACGGACAAAACCAUGGCAAAUAUUAACAUUGAGGCUCGAGAUAUAAAGAUAACUCGCCCAAUGUAUGGCGUUGAGGUCUUUGAUGGUGAGACCGCUCGUUUUGAGGUAGAAAUCUCUGAAGACGAUGUCCAUGGCCAGUGGAAACUGAACGGAGAAGUCCUUACUCAAUCCCCUGACAUUGAAAUCAUAGAGGACGGUGCAAAGCACACGUUGAUAUUGUACAACCUCAAGGCCCCCUUGUCAGGGGAGAUUGGAUUUACAGCUGCCAAUGCUAAAUGUGUUGCUAAUCUGAAAGUGAAAGAGAGUCCUAUUACAUUUGUCACACCUUUGAGUGAUGUGCAAGUGUAUGAAAAAGAUGAGGCCAGAUUUGAGUGUGAGGUGUCAAGAGAACCUAAGAGCUUCCGUUGGUUCAAGGGAUCUCAUGAGUUGACAGCUGAUGAUAAGUUUGAAAUUACCCAUGAGGGAAAAAGACACACUCUGGUGGUCAAAUCUGCCGCAUAUGAGGAUGAAGCUAAGUACAUAUUUGAGGCAGAGGACAAGAGAACCACUGGCAAACUAGUUAUCCAAGGAAUUCGCCUUGAGUUUGUCAAGCCCAUUAAGGAUGUCACUGUCAAGGAGCGUGAGACGGCAGAGUUCAGUAUUGAACUCUCACAUGACAACAUCCAGGUCACCUGGUACAAGAACGGUGUGCGUUUGCAUCCCAGCAAAGUUGUGCACAUGUCAGACGAUGGCAAGAUGCACAAAUUGACCUUCAAGGAGGUGUCCAUUGAUGACACAUCCAUGAUCAAAGUAGAAGCCAUGGGCAAAAGCUCAGAGGCCAUGCUCACUGUCCUCGAGGGAAAGCCUUACUUCACGACAAAACUGCACGACUACUCAGUCACUGAGAAGGAUGAAUUGACAAUGGUUUGUGAACUGAGCAAGCCCAAUGCAGAGGUGAAAUGGUUCAAAGGUGGCCAACAAAUCACUCCCUCCAAGAAUGUGGCCAUCAAUGCCGAUGGAAAGAGGCGUAUGCUGAUCAUUAAGAAGACAGAGAAAGCCGACAUUGGAGAAUACAGCUGUGAUUGUGAUUCGGAUAAAACUACGGCCAAGCUCAACAUUGAAGAGCGUGACAUUAAGUUUGUCAGGCCCCUGUACAGCGUGGAAGUCACAGAAACUGAAAUGGCCAAGUUUGAGACUGAGAUCUCUGAGGAGGAAGUACAUGGUCACUGGAAACUAAAGGGAGAGGCCCUUCAUCAGUCUGCUGACUGUGAGAUUAAGGAGGAGGGUACAAGGCAUGUGCUGAUCCUGUACAACGUUCGCAUGGAUCAGGCCGGAGAAGUUGACUUCCAGGCCGCCAAUGCUAAAUCCAAUGCUCAGCUUAGAGUUAAAGCGCGAGUUAUCGGCCUGCUGCGGCCUCUCAAGGAUGUUACUGUUACUGCUGGGGAGACCGCCACUUUCGACUGUGAACUGUCAUAUGAAGGAAUUGCUGUGGAAUGGUUCCUAGGGGGUGCAAAGUUGGAGCCAAGUGACAGAGUGGUCACCCGAGCAGAAGGCAAAACUCACACUCUGACUCUAAGAGAUGUCAAGAUUUCAGAGGAUGGGGAAGUUAAACUGACUGCAAAGGAUUUCCAGAUUGAGGCCAGCCUACAUGUGAAUGAGCCACCAGUUGAGUUCAGCAAGCCUCUGGAGGACCAGACAGUUGAGGAAGAGGCUACUGCUACUUUGGAGUGUGAAGUCUCCAGAGAAAAUGCUGAGGUCACGUGGUUCCAGGACGGACAGGAGAUACGCAAAACUAAGAAAUAUGACAUUGUUGCCGAUGGCCGCAAGAGAAGACUCAUCAUCCAUGGCUGCACUCUUGAUGAUUCAAAAACAUAUACCUGCGACGCCUCAGAAUUCAAAACCUCUUGCUUCCUUAACGUUGAACCUCCACAUGUUGAGUUCUCUACACCACUCCAUGAUGUUGAGGUCAAAGAAAAGGACUCUGCUAGAUUUGAAUGUGAAGUAUCUCGCGAAAAUGUCAAGGUCCGUUGGUUGAAGGACAGCAGUGAAAUCAGAAAGGGAAAGAAAUAUGAAAUAAUUGCCAAAGGUCGCCAACACAUCCUCAUCAUCCACAAAUCAGUGUUCGAUGAUGAAGCAGAAUAUGAAUGUGAUGCAAAGGUCUCCAAAUCCUCCGGCAUGCUUACAGUCAUUGAGGAAGAGGCUAGGUUCACCAGGAACCUGUCUAAUGUGGAGGGAACAGAAACAGACAGCGUGAAGAUGAUUUGUGAAGUGUCAAAGGCCGAAGCUGAUGUCAUAUGGUAUAAAGGAGACCAGGAACUUCCGGAGGGAGGAAGAUACGAUCAAAUCGUAGAUGGCAGGAAGAGGAUACUCAUCAUUCAGGAUCUCAAAACAGAUGAUGCUGGAGAGUACCAUUGCAAAUUGUCUAGCUCACAGACAACUGGAAACCUGAAAAUAAAUGAACUGGCUGCUGAGUUUAUCGCCAAGCCUCAGAGUCAGGAGGUGGUUGAGGGAGAAAAGGCUGAGUUUGUCUGCUCAGUCUCUAAAGACACAUUCAUUGUCAAAUGGAUGAAGGAUAAUCAGGAGCUAGAAAAGGGGGACAAGUACGACAUUGUCUGUGAUGGCAAGAGAAGAAUACUUGUUAUCAAGAACUCUGAACCCAAGGAUGAGGGAGCCUAUGUUGCCCUCAUUGGUACCACCAGAGCUACGGCUGACCUGCUUGUUCUUGAAAAACUCAGGAUCAUUACACCGAUCAAAGAUACAGAAGCUAAAGAGGGACAAGAGAUGGUCUUCAACUGUGAGGUGAACUCUGAGGAAGCAAAAGCUAAGUGGCUGAAGAACGAUGAGACCAUGUUUGAGAGCAGCAAGUUCGUCAUGAUCCAGAAAGACAACGUGUUCUCUCUGAGGAUCAAGGAUGCUGAGAAGUCAGAUGAAGGGAACUAUACUAUUACAUUGACAAACCACCGUGGUGAACAUGCCAAGAGCUCUGGCAAACUUACCGUAAAAGAGGAGAGUCUGAAGAUCAUUGUACCUCUUGAGGACUGCGACACACAGGAAAAGAAGACUGUUAGCUUCUCUUGCAAGGUCAACAGGCAGAAGGUUACUCUGAAAUGGAUGAAGGCUGGUCAGGAAAUCACACUCAGCAAACGCAUCCUCUACAGGGUGGACCAGUACAAGCACACACUGACCAUCAAGGAUUGUACUCUCGCUGAUGAGGGUGAAUACACCGUCAUGGCUGGGGAUGACAAGUCUACAGCUGAGAUGAUCAUCAGCGAAGCCCCCACUGACUUCUCCGCACAACUCAAAGACCAGACCAUCACUGAGUUUGAGGAUGCUGAGUUCACCUGCAAACUCACCAAGGAGAAGGCUGAGGUGAAAUGGUACAGGAAUGGACGUGAGAUCAGAGAGGGACCCAGGUACAUCUUUGAAAAAGAGGGCAAGACCUGCAGGCUGCGUAUCAAGGAGUGCAGACCAGAUGAUGAGUGUGAAUAUUCUUGUGGCGUCGAUGAAAGGAGAUCACAUGCCCAACUCUUUGUUGAAGAGACGGCAGUUGAGAUUGUCAGACCCCCUCAGGAUGUGUUUGAGCCUCCAGGCUCUGAUAUUGUGUUUGAGGUGGAGCUCAACAAAGACAGAGUUGAGGUCAAAUGGUUGAGGAACAACAUGACCAUUGUCCAGGGUGACAAGUACCAGAUGAUGAGCGAGGGCAAGAUCCAUAGACUCCAGGUGUGUGAGAUCAGGCCUCGUGACCAGGGAGAGUACAGAAUCAUCGCCAAAGACAAGGAUGCCAGAGCCAAGCUGGAACUGGCAGCUAAGCCAAAUAUCAAGACUAUGGAUCAGAGCUUAGUAACAGACGCUGGAAAGCCCAUCGUCAUGUUCGUGCCCUACAGCGCGUAUCCUAAAGCUGAAGCUGAGUGGUUCUAUGAUAACGUCAGCCUUCCCAAGGACAACAUCCACACCGUUGGGGACAGCACAGAGUACAGGCUAAAGGACCCUAAGAAGUCCGAUCAGGGACGUUACAAGGUUAUCAUCAAGAACAAACACGGACAGGGAGAGGCAUUCAUUAAUCUGGAUGUCAUUGAUGUCCCUGGACCCGUGAAGAGCCUUCACGUGGUUGACACCGCCGAUGGUGAGGUCAGCCUGGUCUGGGAAGAGCCAGAGAGCGAUGGUGGCAGCAAGAUCAUUACAUACUUGGUGGAGAGGCGUGAUGUCAAGCGCAAGACAUGGACUCUUGCUACUGACCGCUCUGACGCUCCAGAAUACACUGUGACCGGACUCCAGAGGGAAUCCAUGUACCUAUUCCGUGUUUCUGCUCGCAACAGAGUGGGCAGUGGACCAAAUGUUGAGACAGAGAAACCUGGUGUUUAUGCCAAGAACAAGUUUGAUGUUCCUGAUGCUCCUCAGGAUGUGAGUGUUGGAAACGUGAGUAAGUUUGGUGCCACAGUCUCCUGGGAAAAACCAGUGUCUGACGGAGGGUCUGAGAUCACAUCCUACAUCAUUGAGUCCCGUGACAGGACCUCUGUGAAGUGGGCUGUGGCAAUGAUCAGUAAAGCAACAGAUCGCAGCGCAAUCAUCAACGACGUCAUUGAGAACAAGGAAUACAUCUUUCGUGUCAAGGCUGAAAACAAGGCUGGCAUUGGCAAACCAAGUGCUGCUACCAAUCCGGUUAAGAUCAUGGACCCCAUUGAGAGGCCAAGCCCACCACAGAACCUGGUACCCUCAGAGCAGAACAAGAACUCAGUCCAGCUGACAUGGGAGAUCCCAUUGAAGAAUGGAGGCAGCACGAUCACUGGCUACAUCAUUGAGAGAUGUGAGGACGAAACAGACCAUUGGCUCAGAUGCAACGCCAGGCUCUGCCAGGAUCUCACCUACAAGAUAUCUGGCCUGACAUAUGGCAAAAAAUACAACUACAGGGUGAUGGCUGAGAAUGCAGCUGGAGUGUCUGACCCAUCCAACACACUGGGACCCAUGCUGGCUGAUGAUACACAUGUUGGCCCCACAAUGGACCUGAGUGGAUUCAAGGAUGGCCUGGAGGUCAUUGUUCCUUAUCCCCUUACUAUCCGUGUCCCUAUCUCUGGAUAUCCCACACCAAACGCAAAGUGGAGCUUCGCUGAUAAGGAACUCACUGCUGGUGAACGUGUGUCCAUGAUUACAAAGAGUACCUACGUAGAACUGACCAUCACUCCAAGUGUGCGUCCAGACAGAGGUGUAUACACUCUUACUCUGGAGAAUGAUAUUACCAGUUGCUCCGGAGAGAUUGAAGUCAACGUUAUCGCAUCCCCAAGUGCACCCAAAGACUUCAAGGUUGCAGAGGUGACCAGACAGCAUGUGCACCUGAUGUGGGAGGCGCCAGAGCAUGAUGGAGGAAGCCCUCUGACUGGCUACCAGAUUGAGAAACGUGACGUAUCCCGCAAGACCUGGGUCAAGGUGAUCACUGGUGUUCAAGACCAGGAGUUCACUGUCACUGAUGUCGUUGAGGGUAAAGAGUAUCUGUUCAGGGUUACUGCCUGCAACAAGUGUGGCCCAGGAGAGCCUGCCUACAUUGACGAGCCAGUCAAUGUGUCCUCCCCUGCCACCGUGCCAGACCCACCUGAGAACCUGAAAUGGAGGGACAAGUCAGCUUCUGGCAUCUUCCUGACCUGGGAACCACCCAAGUGGGACGGCGGCACUGGAAUCAAGGGCUACAACAUAGAAAGGUGCCAGCGUGGCACAGACAAGUGGGAGUCCUGCGGAGAUCAGGUCCCUGAGUUGAAAUUGCAAGUGACUGGUCUCAUUGAGGGACAGUGGUACGCCUACCGCGUGAAGGCCUUGAACAGACUGGGUGCCAGCAAACCCUGCAAGGCUACAGAUGAGAUUUUGGCUGUUGAUCCUAAAGACCCCCCAGAGAUUCUUCUGGAUGUCAAAUGUCUUGCUGGACUGACCGCCAAAGCUGGCUCUAAGAUUGAGCUUCCAGCUGAUGUUCUUGGAAAGCCCGUACCUAAAGUGAAAUGGACCAAGGGUGACAUGGUUCUGAAGGGGGACGAUAGAGUUUCUAUUGACGACAAGCCUGGUCACUCCGUUGUUACUAUCAGCAAGACAACAAGAGAGGACACAGCUACCUACAUCAUUGAAGCACACAACAGCUGUGGCCGUGCUACUGCAACCGUUGACGUCAACAUUCUAGAUAAGCCUGGUCCUCCAGCUGCAUUUGAUAUCUCUGAGAUCACCAACAAGUCCUGUUUCCUGGCCUGGAACCCUCCCAGAGAUGACGGAGGUGCAAAGGUCACAAACUACAUAGUGGAGAGCAGAGCCGCAGAAAGCGAGAUCUGGCACAAGCUCUCCUCCACUGUCAAAGAGACCAACUUCAAGGCCCUCAACCUGACAGCUUUCAAGGAAUACAUCUUCAGAGUGUUUGCUGAAAACCAGUUUGGUAUUGGUGUGCCAGCGGAACAUAUGCCAAUCAUUGCCAGAUAUGCCUUUGAUUCUCCUGGUGCGCCAACUAAGCUGGAGCCUUCUGAUAUUGUUAAAGAUGGCCUGACUCUGAAUUGGUAUGAGCCUGAAGAGGAUGGUGGUAGUCCUAUCACUGGGUACUGGGUUGAGAGGUUUGAACCAGACCAGAACAGAUGGAUCAGAUGCAACAAGAUCCCAAUCAGAGACACAACAUUCAAAGUCAAAGGACUACCCACAAGGAAGAAGUAUAAGUUCAGAGUCUUGGCUGAGAAUCUCGCCGGACCUGGAAAACCAAGCAAGGAAACUGACCAGAUCUUGGUCAAGGAUCCUAUUGAUCCUCCAUGGGCUCCUGGUAAGCCAACCGUCAAAGACGUGGCCAAGACCUCUGCCUUCCUACAGUGGACCAAGCCUGAGCAUGACGGUGGUGCCAAGAUCGAGGGCUACAUCAUUGAGCUCCUGAAGAGUGGAACUGAGCAGUGGGUUCGUGUUUCAGAAGGAAUCAAUAUCCUGGAGCACUUCCUGAGAGGCCUGAUGGACAGACAGGAGUACUCCUUCAGGGUCAUUGCAGUCAAUAUCGCUGGGGAGAGUGAGCCCAGCGAGCCUAGCGAUCCAGUUCUGUGCAAGGAGAGACUCAAUCCUCCUACACCCCCACGCUGGUUGGAUGUCAUCAACAUUUCCAGUAACAGUGCUGAGCUGAAGUGGACAGUACCAGAGAAGGAUGGUGGUUCACCCAUCACCAACUACAUUGUUGAGAAGAGGGAUGUCAGGCGUAAGGGCUGGCAGGCAGUGGACACUACUGUGAAGGAGCUGAAGUACACGGUCACUCCACUGAAUGAGGGCUCCCUCUAUGUGUUCCGUGUGGCUGCUGAGAAUGCUGUUGGACCCAGUGAAUUCUGUGAACUGGAAGACUCCAUUAUGGCUAAAGAUACUUUCACUACCCCUGGACCACCAUAUAAUCUCUCUGUCCAUGGAGUGUCAAAGAGACAUGUUGACUUGCAGUGGGACGCCCCCAAGAAUGAUGGUGGCAAACCAGUUCUGAGAUACUCAAUUGAAAAGAAGGAAAAACUGGGCACCCGCUGGGUGAAGUGUGGUAAGACCUCAGGUGCUGACUGCAAGUACAGAGUUACAGACGUCAUUGAAGGAACCGAGGUUCAGUUCCUGGUUCGUGCUGAGAAUGAAGCCGGUGUUGGACACCCUAGUGAACCAACAGAAAUCAUUGCUAUUGAAGAUCCAACAGGUGUACCCUCUCCUCCAAUUGAGCUUCACAUCACUGAAGCCAGCAGAGAUCAUUUGUGUAUUGCUUGGAGACCACCAGAGAGAACUGGUGGCAGCCCUGUAACUGGCUACCAUAUCGAGCUCUGUGAGGCUGGUACUGAGAAGUGGAUGAGAAUCAACUCUCGCCCAAUCAAGGAGCUCAAAUACAAAACAGAGGAGGGCAUCAUCCCAGAGAAACAAUACGUCCUGAGAGUCCGUGCCAUAAACUCUGUUGGAGUUAGUGAGCCAUCUGAUAUCUCUGAGAAGGUCUAUGCCAAGGACUCUGACUGCAUCCCAAUCCUUGAGUUCCAGACUAAGGACAUUGUGAUUAUUGAGGGAGAAAAGUGGCAUCUCCCCAUCCCAUUCAGAGCAGUGCCCAAACCCAAGAUCACCUGGCACAAAGACGGAAAGGAGCUGAAGGACGAUGAAAGAAUGACCUUCAGACAGGAGUACCUCUCCUGCCAUCUGGAGAUCGAGAGCUGUCUGCAUGCAGACGCCGGCCAGUACAAGGUCACACUGGAGAACUCCUUGGGAACGAGCAGCGGAACAAUCAAUGUUAAAGUUGUUGGCCUGCCCGGUCCCUGCAAAGACAUUGUUGCCAGUGAAAUCACCAAGAGCUCUUGCAAGGUUUCCUGGGAUCCACCCAACUAUGAUGGUGGCAGCCCUGUUCUCCACUAUGUGCUACAGCGCAGAGAGGCAGGCCGGAGGACCUAUGUCAACAUGAUGUCGGGAGAGAACAAAGUCAGCUGGCCCGUCAAGGAUCUGAUCCCCAAUGGAGAGUAUUACUUCCGGGUCAAAGCUGUCAACAAGAUUGGUGGUGGGGAGUACCUUGAGCUCCGCAACCCCGUGAUCGCAGAGGAUCAGAAGCAGCGCCCUGACCCUCCAUUAGAUGUUGAGACCCACAACCCUACUUCUAAGACUAUCACCCUCACAUGGAAACCACCUAUGUAUGAUGGGGGCUGCAAGAUUAUGGGCUACGUUCUGGAGAUGAUGAUGAAGGGUGAUGAGAACUUCACAAGAUGCAACGACUUCCUUGUGCCUGUGCUGUCCUACACAGUGAGGAAUCUCAGGGAGGGAAAACAAUACCAGUUCCGUGUACGAGCUGAGAACGCUGCCGGAGUCAGCGACCCAUCACGCAGCACACCAAUGGUGAAGGCUUCUGAUUCUGUUGAAACACCCAAGGUGUUCCUCAGUGGAAGUCUGCAGUCCGGUAUGAGCAUUAAGAGAGGUGCUGAGAUCAGACUGGACGCCAACAUCUCUGGAUCCCCAUACCCUCAAAUCACAUGGUAUAGGAACGACGUGGUCAUCAGACCUGAAGCCAUGAAGAAGAGACCAGAGAAACCCAUUGUUAAGAAGAAGGAGGUGAAGAAGGAGGAAAAGAAGGAAGUGAAGGAAGGAGAAAAGAAGGAAGUCAAGGAGGGAGAGGUUGAGGCUCCAGCUGCAGAGCCUGCCCACGAAGAGCCUGAGGAGGAACUCCCUGACUACCCAACCCUCCAGGAACGUCUCACCAUCCAUGACAAGAAGAGGGGAGAAUCCUCUUGCAUUGUCAGGGACACCAUCAGGGGUGACCAUGGCGUGUACACUAUCAAGGUCGAGAACGACCAUGGUAUUGCCUCUGCAACUUGUGAAGUCAAUGUGCUAGAUGCACCUGGUCCUGCAAUCAACUUCAGGUUUGAGGAGAUCAGGAAUAACUCUGUCAUCUGCAAGUGGGAUCCUCCCAUGGAUGAUGGUGGCAGUGAGAUCCUGAACUACACCUUGGAAAAGAAGGACAACUCCAAGGUGGAGAUCGGAUGGAUCACAGUAACCUCAACACUCAGAGGAUGUAGAUACCCCGUGACCAAACUGAUAGAGAAGAAGGAGUACAUCUUCCGUGUCACUGCUGAGAACAAGUUUGGUCCUGGACCACCAUGUAUCUCUAAGCCAAUUAUUGCCAAGGAUCCAUUUGACCCACCAGAGGCUCCAGAGAAGCCUGAGAUUGACGGCAUCACAGCCAACUCCAUGCUGGUUACCUGGGAGGUGCCAAACGACAUGGGCAGCCCCAUCCUUGGUUACUGGGUGGAGCGUCGUGAGAUCAACAGCACCCAUUGGACCAGAGUCAACCGGGUCAUUUUGGAGGAUACAGAAAUGAAUGUGGAAGGCCUACUGGAGGGUCUUACAUAUAUCUUCAGGGUGGCUGCUGAGAACCAAGCUGGGCCUGGGAAGUUCAGCGUCCCGUCUGAUCCCAUGACAUGCCAGGAUCCAAUCUUGCCACCUGGACCUCCGUUCCCAAGAAUCCUUGACACCACUGAGUCUUCCAUUGAUGUGGAAUGGGAUCCUCCUGCCUCCAAUGGAGGUGGAGACAUCCUGGGCUACCAUGUUGACAAGACCCUAGCAGGCACCAAUGACUGGUCCCGCUCCACAGAGAGACCCUGGAAGACCCGGGCCUUCACUGUGUAUGGAGUCAGAGAAGGAGCCAAGUACCUGGUCCGUGUGAUCGCAGUAAAUGGAGCUGGUGAAGGAACUCCUGGUUUGACUGAAUCAGUCUUUGUCAGAGAUCCUAAAGAGGCUCCAGUGGUAGAGUUGGAUCUCACUGUGAGGAAUGGCGUAAUGAUCAGAGCUGGGGAGCCACUGAUUCUGCCUGCCCUGGUCACUGGUAGACCUCCUCCAGACAUCAAAUGGACCAAAGAUGACGGUCCACCUGACAAAGACCAUGUCCAGAUAGAAAAUGUUGGAAAGGAAAGCACUCUCAGUAUCAAGGCCGCCACAAGAAAGGAUCCUGGCAAGUACCAGAUCAGUGCAAGAAAUAGCAGCGGAAUCAAGUCUACAUGGACAAGGGUUGAUGUCAUGGAUGUUCCCGGGCCUGUGCUGGACCUGAAACCUGUGGUGGUAACCAGGAAACUGAUGAUUCUGAACUGGUCCGAUCCUGAUGACGACGGUGGCAGUGAUCUGACCGGCUUCAUCAUUGAGAGAAGAGAUCCCAAGAUGCACACGUGGAGACAGCCCAUCGAGACACCCUCAUCUAAGUGUGAGAUUGUGGGUAUUGUUGAAGGACAGGAGUACAUCUUCCGAGUUGUGGCGAAGAACAAGUUUGGCUGUGGCCCUCCUGUUGAUCUGGGUCCUAUUGCUGCAGUGGAUCCUAAAGCUCCACCAACUUCGCCUGAGAGGUUCCACUACACUGAGAGGACAAAGUCUUCCAUCAGCCUUGCAUGGAGACCUCCCCGCAACGAUGGAGGCAGUCCAAUCUUGGGCUACUUUGUUGAGAAGAAGAAGCACGAUGCCCCAGCAUUUGAGCCUUGUAACACAGAGAUGUGCAAGGACCUCUUCAUGACUGUCGAUAACCUUGAGGAGCUGUUUAUGUAUGAGUUCCGUGUCAAGGCUGUCAAUUUGAUUGGACCAAGUGAACCUGGAAUUCCACUCACCAUUGUCAUUCAAGAUGAUGAAGUUCCUCCUACUGUGAGGAUGUUAAAGACUUUCAAGGGAGAUGCCAUCACUGUCAAGAAGGGAGAGCCUAUUGAAAUCCCUGCUGAGGUGACUGGUCUUCCAAUGCCCAAGGUUGAAUGGUUGAAGGAUGAAGUCAUUAUUGCAGAGCCCACUGAGACUCUGUUGUUGGAAACCAAGGAGAUCAACAGAAUCCAGUCCAACACCAAGCUCAGUUUCCCUGCAGCAGCCAGAUUAGACAAAGGCAUCUUUACAGUGACUGCCUCCAAUCGUCUUGGGUCAGCUAGUCACACCAUCAAGGUUAAUGUGUUAGACCGUCCUCUGCCACCAAGGAAUGUGAAUAUUGGUAACAUCAAGGCUGAGUCCUGCAAGCUGACCUGGGACGCCCCAGAGGACGACGGAGGAAGUGAGCUCACUAACUACAUCGUUGAGAAGCUGGACAUUCUUCCUGAGGUGGAUCCUGAAGAAGAAUAUGAGGAUUCUGAGGAUGAGGAGCCUAAGCCUAAAUCUGAGCCGAGACCCAUUCCUGUAUGGACGGUGAUCACCAACAGCAUCAUUGAGAAACGACUCGGGGUUUGGAAUCUGGAAACCGGUAGCCAGUACCAGUUCAGAGUGAGAGCAGAGAACAAGUAUGGACAGAGUGACGCCUGCGAAACAGAGGCCACCGUCAUCAAGGAUCUGUACGGACUCCCUGGUCCUCCAGAGAAACCAAAGAUCGCAGAGCACACCAGGUCCUCCAUGCUUGUGACAUGGGACCCUCCACGAGACAACGGUGGAUCCACUAUCUCUGGCUACUGGCUGGAGAAGAGGGAGAAAGGUUCGUCUUAUUGGGCCCGGGUGAAUAAAGCCCCAGUGACCAAGCGCGCCCCUAAGGGCUGGGAGUUCCUGGUCGUUCGUAUGAUUGAGGGGUCCGCAUAUGAGUUCCGUGUCAUGGCUGUCAAUAUUGCCGGUAUUGGACCCCCCAGUGGACCUUCCGAUCCUGCAAACGCAGUGGACCCUCUUAUGAAACCUGGCAUGCCAGCACCACCAGAGGUAGCAGACAAAACCAAGCACAGUGUCAGCCUCACAUGGUCUCCACCUGAAAAAGACGGGGGAAGCCCCAUCAAGGGUUACAUCGUUGAGAUCCAGGAUGAAGGCAGCUCUUUCUGGAACAGGAUCACAGAUGUAGAUAGUCUGCAUGAGACCACAGAGCUCACUGUACCAGGUCUCAAAGAGCUGAAACACUACAAGUUCAGAGUCACAGCUGUCAAUGACAUCGGCGAGUCUGACCCAAGUCCAAAGACUGAAGUACUAAUUGAGGACGUACAUGUGGGGCCGAAGAUCCUUAUCGAUUGCAUUGUGGAAGAUUUGCUCUGCGUCCGAGCUGGUCAUGCCUUCAGAAUCCCUGCCACCAUCAAAGGGCGUCCCGUUCCUAAGGUGACCUGGGAAUACACUGGUUCAGCAAAGACCCACAAGAAGAAUCGCCUUCAUGUCCUUCCAGUUGAUUCAGAGAUUGAAUCUACUGAUACUACCUCAAACAUCACUGUACCUGUGUGCUUGAGGACCCACUCUGGAAGAUACACCAUCACAGCCAAGAACAAGGCUGGACAGAAACAUGUCAACGUCAGAGUCAAUGUUCUCGAUGUGCCUGGUGCUCCUAGAGAGCUCAAAGUGACUGACAUCACCAGAGCUACCAUGAGGCUGAUCUGGAAACUGCCUGCUAAUGAUGGUGGCGAGAGGAUCAAGAGUUACUUCAUUGAGAAGAAGAAUGUGACAGGAAAGGCUUGGACCAUAGUAAACCAGUGCUGUUUCAGUCAGGCCUACGUUGUGGAGGGACUGCUGGAGGGACAGGAGUAUGUGUUCCGUGUGCGGGCAGAGAACCGUCUGGGAAUGGGACCUUUCACUGAGACCACUGAGCCCGCUAGGGCAAGAGACCCCAUCUAUUGCAGCCACAAGCAGCAUGGGAGGAACUGGAGGGGAGUGGCCAGGGGUGUGUCACCUGUCAGAUGGGCGGGCUCUGCUCAGACCCCACACAGGAAGGCUUAUUGUGGAGGGAGGAAGAGGAGACACACCCACAAGACCAUAGAAGAUGAGGAGGACCUCUUGUCUCAGCUGUCAGACCCUGAGGACAGUCCAGAUGAGAGCCUGGAGGAUGCUGUUACACCCCAGACCUCACACACACACAAACAGGAUCCAAUCUGCAGAUGUCAGGGAGAGAGUGUUUACAACAUUGACAACAUCGUCAUCCCCAUGUCCCUAGCUGCCACUACCAAGGUGGAGAAACUUCACUACAAAGACAUUAUAACACCCAGCUGGAGAGUGGUUGAUAACCCAGCCCUGGAAGAGAGAGAGAGACAGGAAGAGGAGGAGCUGCUGUGUGACGAGACCUUUUCCCAGAGCACUGGGCGCACCACCAGGUGGGCACUGGGCGCACCACCAGGUGGGCACUGGGCGCACCACCAGGUGGGCACUGGGCGCACCACCAGUUUCAUCAGCUGUCCGGGUGGCUGGUCUCAAAUGAUCCCACAGGUGAAGAAGCCGGAUAUGGAGGACCUGGGCUGGCACGGUUACACGGGGUCUGCGGUUGAGAGGCCAGUUGGACAUCCCUUCAGGAGUUUAGGAGACCCAAAGGGACAGAGAUAG